UUUCCCCUCAUAUUUUGGCUUUUAUAAAAAUAUAGACAAAACCAACCAUCAAGUUUUAACAUAAUCCAUCCAAAUCAUUUCCUUUUUUUCUUUUUUUUUUUUUUUUUUUUUCAAAUUUUUUAUACCAAACACAAAAAACCAUAUCCCUCCAUUGCCUUUAUUUUCUCUUCCUUUCUUUUCCUUUUCCUUUUCCUUUUCCUUUCCUGUCAACCAAACUGGACGUUAGAAAAGCUAAAAAAGGUAUUCUUCUUUACUUUACCUUUCAAAAUUUCCAAAAAAGGAAAGUUCAUUUUCUCCUUUCCAUUCUUUUUUACCUCUCCAAAUCUCCCAACUCCAAAUUCCAAAACGAAGCGUUUGGCCGCACUUUCACCUUCUUGAGCCCCCCUUUGACACUGUUUCAUACAUAUCAUCAGUUCAUUCUUACACUGAUUCUCGAAGAAUUUGAUCACCCAAUCGAAAUAGGAAGCAAAUAAAAAUAAUAAUUUUUAGAGUGGUUUAAAUGUUUCUCCAUUUCCUUGUUUGGAGAGAAUUCCUUUUUUCCCAUUUCCAAAUUCAGAAAGAAACCCACCUGUAAAGCUGUGUGUAUCUGCACAUAUUAGUACAAACAUUUAUCACUCACAUUUCGUACUGUAUUCAACUCUUCUCUUCCUUCUGCUAUAUAUAUAUAUGUAUGUAGCUAAACCCUUGAUAGUUCUUGUUGGUUCAUCUAUGUGAAUUUCCAGGAAGAUGCAAAUGUCAAUGUGGGUAGAUAGGAGGAGGAGCCCACGAAUAUCUGCCCUGGAUGCAUGGAAGGAAGCCCACCAACAGACACCCUUUACUCCACAGAACUCUAUGCGAGUGGGGUUAAUGGAGAACCGGGCCUCUGGGUCUGGGGAUGAGAAGGGACCACCCUCCAGAACUAGGGUCAGAACCAAGAGAAAACUCCAAGAUGUGGGUGGUAGUUCAGUUUCAACCAAACCCAAACAGGGUAAAGAGAGUCCAAAUCGUGAAGAUCAUUCAACAAACUGUGGUCAACCACUACUUUUGAAGGCUAAAGAAAGCCCAAAACAUGAUGACCAUGCUGCAUGUACUGUGCUAUCCAUGCCAUGGAUGCCAGAAAAACGUAUACUUGAGCUUAUCCUUGACAUAUUGCAAAAGAGAGAUACACAUGAAAUAUUUGCUGAGCCAGUUGAUCCCAGUGAGGUUGAGGAUUACUAUGAGAUCAUUAAAGAGCCUAUGGAUUUUGGCACCAUGAGGGCCAAGCUUCAUGAAGGAAUGUAUUCUAGUCUUGAACAAUUUGAGCAUGAUGUAUUUUCAAUAUCAAGAAAUGCGAUGCAUUUUAAUUCCUCAGCGACCAUUUAUUUCAGACAGGCUCGUGCUAUACAAGAACUAGCUAAGAAGGUUUUUGAUGCCCUAAAAAAUGAUCCGGAAAACUUUGAAUCGGAAUUCUCGGGGACAAGACGAAGAUCCACUAGGAGGCCCCAGGGUGAAGCAAAGGUUUUUAAAAUGUGCCCUGGACUUGCUACAAAUGUUGGAUCUGGUAGUAUGACCAUUGAUGCUACCUCUAAAGAAGCACAAAGUUCUUUAGGUUGUCCAACAAAUUUCAGGAGAAGUGUCCGAGGAAACCACAGCUUCCCUAGUACAACUACUCAUGUUGACACAAGAGAUCAUUUUUCUGGUGCUAGAGAUGGUAGAAGCUCUAGUUAUAGCGAAGCAGAUCGGCGUUGCACAUAUAAACCUUCUGAGUCCUAUAAUGAGAAUGAUUCAAUAGUUUCAAUGAUCUACAAUGACCCCAAACCACUAGUUCUUGUGAAUCAGCAGGAUAUUAGUUACAGGGAAAGCUUGAUGCUGUUUGUUAAAGGUUUAGGACCAACAGCUCAAAUGAUUGCCAAAAGGAAGUUACAAGGAUGUUGGCUAGAUGCUACCAGUUUCCUGACUCCAAGUUCUAACUCUUGGGUUCAGGCUCAAAAGUGUCAAACUCCUGCUGCAUUUCUCUCUACCCAGAGAAGACCUAGUACUCUAGAUAACCUUAUCACUGAUACAUCCCAGAAAUUCCUCCAUCAACCUCCUGUGUGUCAUCCUGUCCUUGAUACAACCAGUGACGUAAUUGAUUUAACUGAUGCUGAUGAUAGAGAAAAGGCUUGUACGGGUGACAGGAUGAGUAAUCAUCACUGUGCUCCAAUAGGAGAAAUUACCCGCAACAAUGAUGCCCCAACUAUCCAUGAUUGGGUGAAUGUUUUUGGUGUUUCUGGAAGAGAAAAAGCUCCAACUACCCAUGAUCGGAUGAAUGUUUUUGCUGUUUCUGGAAGAGAGAAGGCUCCAACUACCCAUGAUCGGAUGAAUGUUUUUGCUGUUUCUGGAAGAGAGAAGGCUCCAACUACCAAUGAUCAGAUGAAUGUUUUUGGUGUUUCUGGAACAGAGAAGGUCCUUCAGAACCAAAGCACUAAGAUUCAGUUGGGUUCAUACUCUUCCACUGCUGGUGCUGGAGAUUUCAAUUCCUCACCUUUUGGAGUCAGCAACACUGGCAAUAGGUUGACGACAAUCACUGUGAAUGAAGGCAAGUUGGAUAAUCAAGAGUGGCCAAUGCGUUCAGCCUCAAAUAAUCUUCAGUCAAACUUGUUUGAAUUCAAGUCGAGAAACAACAGCUCCACAUCAUCCUCAGGGCCCUUCAACAGGAGGGAGUUUCCUAGUUUGAGCCAGACCAAUGGUUUCAUGCACAUGGGUUCACAGGAUCAAGCCGUAGCUGCAUGGGAACCAAAUGAUGGAGUCAGUAGCUCGUCUCAGGUAGGCCACUUUUCCGAAUCAAACCAAAACCAGCACGAUCAGCCAGUUUCCCAGUUCACUUUCGAUCUACCCUUCUUGAAAUCACGACUCAAUCAAAUGAACCUUUUGGGGAAGGAUAGAUCCUUGCAACCUAGUUUCCAGCAAGGUUGUGGUGCUGAGGGGUCUCCAUUUGACCAGAUGAGAUAUAAGAGGGUUUCUAACUGUACCCACCGAGCAGAACCUAGCACUCAGCCAUUUCUUAAUCAUCAAAGAUGGUCCACUUUAGAUACUACAGGUACUGAUUUGGCUCUUCAGCUGUAGCAAGUUUCAAAGGACCAAUAUUUUGUAGAAAGAAAAGUUUAUUUAUUUACUCUUCUGUCAAUGGAGGUUGCACCAUUCCCUUCGAGUCUACUUAGGCUUCGUUGACACCAAAAUGGCACACGGUUGUCAAAUGGCCAAAAUGCAAAAUAUCAUUGGAUUACUAGAUCUGUAUAUUUUAUUUCAAUCCAUAUAUCAAAUUAUAUUAGCAAGUUGUGUAGUAUGUGCUUUUUUCCUUUUUCCACAGACAUGCCUGUUUUAGUCGGUCUCAUUGUCUUCACUGGUCUCUGUGGGUGCACGCACCAGUGAAUCAACUGCAAAAUUGUCACCGGUGUUGUUUUGCAUUGCAAAGUAGCACAAGUUGGUGUAAAUGAGAUCAUGAACAAGGUUGUGAAGUUUUAAUACU